AUGCUACAAGGAUUUUGUUUUGUCUCAAUGUAUUAGCCAACCUUUACUUUGAACUUAAAGAUAUAAAAAUUAGUAUUGCUAAUAUAUUAUUGUCAAAUAUUAACAUUAGCUUAUCCAAUAGAUGGAUGGAAUUUAUGGAAUUAUUAGGAUGGUGCUUUAAGAAUGAUGAAAAAUUUAUUAAAUGUAAUUUUGAUUUUUCCUUUUGUGAUUGAAGUAAAAUCAUCAGCCUUAAUCUAUGUAUUGAUUGUACUAUUCUCUUUAUUAAACUUAUUUAUGUUUUCAGCAAUAUUUUGGAUUGUAAAAUUUAAGAAUAAACUUUCAUUUAUACUAGGGAUUACAUAUUGGUAUUUAGUAUUAGUCCCAAAAUUAUUUUUUAUACCUUAAUUGUUUGUAUUAAUAGGAUCUUUGUCUUUUAGUUAAAGAGCAUUAUUAUAUUCAAAUUUUUAAUUCCAUGCAUUUUUGCCAAUUAGUAUAUUAUCCAUACUAGUUUUAAUUUAUAAUUGUUUCUUUAGCAUAUAUUUUAUAAGGAAAAUGAGAUUAUUAAAAGAUAAUGGUUUAGUAUAAAAAUUUAGUCAAUUAUGUUUCUUGAGAGAGAUGUUGGCAAUAGCAAUUAUUUUUUUACAUUUUUAGAGUAGAAUUCCACUUAUAAAUGCACUUUAAUUAAUAUUAAUGAAUAUAUUUUUUUUGACAUUACUUUUAGAAGCAUUACAUUUUGAUAUUUAUCAUCCUUAAAUACAAAAAUUUGCAUUAAUUUUAAUUUCAGGUUGUAUAGGAUUAUUAUUGAUAAUAUCAAUAAAUGUGAUUUCUAAAAAUAAAUUAAUACCUGAAGAAUAAUUAAUAGUAAUUUAAUUAAUAGUAGCAACAUUAGUUAUUUUUAUUUGUAUUUUUUAUUAAAAUAGAAAAAUUGUUUAUCAAUUAUAAGGAUAUAGUGAAUCACACUAUUAAAUAUAAUUUGUUGAAUGGUUAUUUUAUACAUUAAUAGAAUUAAAUUAAAAGAGAAAAAGUUAAGAAAAUUUAUUUUUUUAUAUAUUAUUUAUCCAAUAUCAUUAAAAAACAUGUAUAAAUUGUUUAAAAAAAGUACUUCAACAUUAAAAAAUUACAGCUAAAUCAAUAAAGUUCAAUGUUCUUAAUUGUGUGCUUUAGCAUGCAUUAAAAUUAUUACAUAUUAAUUUUGGUUCAGAUUAUGAAAUGCUAGAAAUUUAUUAUGUUGAUUUUUUAAAUAAAAUUAAAAAAUAACCUUUACCUGCAUAUGUUGCACUUAAAGGGUUUGUCUUAAAACAUCAAAAGAUAUCAUAUCAUUUAAAAGCAACAAUUAAAUAUCUAUUUGAAGAAUUAGAAGAUAUUAUUUUAAAUGGUAAUAAUCUUCUUGAAAGUAAUAAUCAUGAUUAUGAAAAAAACUAUCUUGAUGUAAAAAACUUUAUCUAAGCAUAUUCAAUAGAAGAAUAAAUAUUACCUUAGAUAAUAUAACUUAUAGAUUAAAAAAUAUAAAUUUGGAAUGAAUAGAUUAAUGGAUUAGAUACCAUAUAGGAUUUAGAAAAAUUAAUUGUUAAUUAUUCAAAGAAACUUUUAAUUUGUUAAAAUUCAUUGUAACAUUAAUUGCAUAUAGAUUUAAUGAAUUUAAAUUAAAUUUAAAAAGUUAGAAAUGUUAUAGAAUUAAGAAUCACAUCAAUAUUUUUAUUAAUGAUUUUUAAUGAUUUUUAUGGUUCUCUUAAAUGUGAAUAAUAAAUAUCUGAUAUUUUAAUAAUGGAGAAUUCAUUACCAAAUGAUGUAAUUAGUAAUAUUGAUAUUCUUCAUGAUAAUAUAUGUUUGAUUAUGGUAAGCAUGGUUAAAAAUAGAGGAUUUAUUAAAAAUACUCAAAAAAAUUAGAUUGCUAAUUAUUUUGGAUUAGAUAUAAAAGAAUUGGAAAAUAAUAAUCAUAUUAAUUUAUUCAUUCCUCAAUAUUUACUUGAAACUCAUACAUAAUUAUUAUAAUCUUAUUUAGAAACAGCAUAAUCUUCAUUAUUUAAUUAAUAUUAAAUAGUAUUUAGUAAAUUAAAAAAUGAUUUUGUUUAACCAUAAUAAUUAAAAUUAGAAAAUAAUUUCUGUUUUUUUGAUGAUUAUAUAUUGACUGCAUGCUUAUCAAAAGUAAAAGAAACAUCAGAGUUUAUAUUAUUUGAUGAAAAUGGCAGGAUUCUAUCAGUAACUUAAGGAUUUUAUACUGAUAUAAUAAAAUAAUCCUUUCAAGAAGAAUUAAGUGCUUAAACAAUUAAUUAAGCUUAUAUCUUUUUAUUUUUUACAAAUAUAUUUUCUAUUUUGGAAUCUUAAAUAGAUAAUAUUAAUUAAUCUGAAUUUCUUUAGGUUGAACUUAUGACAACUAUUACAAUUUACGAAAAUUUAUCAAAAAUAAUUGAAUUUCUUUAUGAAAAUAAGAUGCCUACAUCAAGUUCAAUUGCAUAUUCAUUAAAAAAAAAUGUAUCAAAAACUCCAAUUUAAUCUAAACCUAAACUUAAUACAACAUAAAAAUAAAAAAAAUAUAAUUUAUAAACAGGGAGAUAUUAUAUAAAUACUAGUGUCAAAUUAUCAGAUGAAAUUUAAUUAUUAUGUCCUAAAUUUAUUAACUAAGUAUUAGAAUUUAUGCAAUAAUAUAAUGUAUAUUAUAUAGAUAUUUUUAGUAAUUCAAAUCUGUUGAAUAUCAUACAAAAAUAUAAUUGUAGUAUAGAACUAUUGGAAAAAAACAAUUAUAAAGAUCAUAUUUUAUUAUUGAGAUAAUGGAUUUUAGAAAAAAAAGUGGUUAAAAUAAUGCUAUUAAAUAAUUACAUAGUAUUAAUCUUAAAAAUAUAGAAUAAAUAGAAAAGUAAUAAAUUUAGAAAUAGUUCUUAUUUUAAGAUCAAGUUGAAUCUACAUAAUAAAAAGAGUUUUAAAAAUAUAAUAAUGAUAUCCAAUAGAAUCAUGCAUCUCAUUUAAAUGAGAUUUCUAAAUCUGGCAGUGAAAAACAUUUAAAAUAACGUAAUAAUUUUCUAAAGUUAUUAUCUUAUGAAAAUGAACUUGGAUGUCUAUAAAAAUAAGAGAAUUAAUCCUUAUCUAGCUAAUCGUCAAAUACUUUAAAAAUACAAAAUCUUAUUAUUUUCAAUGCUUUUUAAUUUUAAACAAAGAUGAAUAAUAAUCUGAAAAUAAUUCUUUUUUUUACAAUGAUAUCAAUAUUGAUUUUGAUUUCAAUAAUUACAUAUAAUAUACUACUAAUUCGAUACUAACUCUCUGAAUAAAUUAAUAGCAGCUCUUCUUUAAAUGCACCCCUUUUAUUUAAUAGAUACUUUUUUUAAAGUUAUGCUCUAUCUUGGACUUUAUUAAUGAAUGGACUUAAAAUUGUUAAUUAAAGUGAUUAUUUACAAAAUCAAACAUCUUUUACACUAAAAAAUAUGGAACGAGAAACAUUUCAAAAUUUAAGUAACAUGUAUCCAAAAUUCUUAGAAAUUGAAAAUAUGGGAUUGCUUGAAAAUAUUAGUUUGAAAAUGUUACAACUUGAAAGAUAAACAGUAUCUUAUACAGAAUUUAUAACUUAUAUUUAGAAUACUUUAUAAUAUCUUUUUUAAUUUAAUCUAUUUUCUAAAGAACAUAAAUAAAAAGUUUUAGAAUUAGAUUUUGUUAACUCGGUAGUUACAUUAAGAUAUAAUAUCAAAUAUGUUUUUGAUAUGAAUAAAGAACUCAUUGAGUCUUUAGAUUAAAUGUACUAAAAUUAGAUAUAAAAUAAUAAUUCUAAUUUAAAAGCAGUAUUAAUUACUGAAAUCUGUAUAUUAUUUAUAUUUUAGUUUAUUUAAUUGUAUUUCUGGAAAAAAUUUGAAAAUUAGAAGUAAUAAAUUUUAAUUUUAGUUGGUAAAUUUUCUGAAUCUAAGGCAAAUGAAAUGAUUAUACUUCAUCAAAAAUAUAAAUAAAUAAUGUUAUACAAUGAGAAAUAACAAAUCAAUUGGAAAAUUCAAAAUUUCACUUAAAUAUAACCUGUUAAUAUUGUAGGGGAAGAAAAAAAGGUGUUAAAAAUUAAUAUAUCAAAGAGAGAUAAAAUAAAAGGAAAGGGAAUUUUGAAUUCAAGGGUAAUAAAUAAUUCCUAUUCAAAUAAAAAAUAUAUUUUCUAUUAUAUUUUCCUUUUUUUGAUACUAUUUAGCUUUUUAUUUGGAGGUUAUUUUUAUUAUAGUUUUUUAAUGAAAAAGCUUUAACCUCAAUAAUAAUUAGCAAUAAACUUUAUUAGAUUUUCAUCCUACUUUGAUACUCUAAUUACUACAGCCUUAGUUAUAAAAACUUAACCUUAAAUUUAUCCUGCAAUUGUCUCAAACAAAAUUUAUACUCAAGCUUAAAUGAAUAAAUAUAGAGAUCCAUUAAAAUAAUUAUUUCACAUGUUUCUUGAAGUUUAUGAAGUUUAUGAUGAAAAUUUAACAUAAAUAUAUGAAGGUAUUUUAUUUUCAUAAGAUAUUGAUGAUUCUAAAAAAGAAAUUUUGUUAGGUCUAUAUGAAAAAGAUAUAUGUUAAAUUAUUAUUCAAGAAAUUCCAUUUUGUUAAUAUGAUUAAUUAGGAGAGAAGAAUUUCAUUUAAAAAUAUUCUCAAUUCUAUUUAUAAGAUAAUAAUCGAGAUUAUUUAAAAAAUGGACUAGCAGGAAUAACUAGUAGUGUUAGCUAUUUUAUGAAAACAAAUUAUGAUUACGAAAUUGCAACUAUUAAUUAUAUCACAGACUUUAAUUUAUUAAAUAAAUUAUAUUUAACAUAAGAAUUUAAUAAUAUUUUAAUAGAACAUUUUAGUUCUACAACAUAAAGUACUGAAAAAGUUUUAAAUGUUAUAUUAUCAACAAAUGAAGAAUUGAUGAAUUAAAAUAAAAUAACAAUUACAAUAUUUUUUAGUUUGAUUGGAUCAAUUAUACUGAUAAUUUAUAUCUUUUUUUUUACUUGGAUACUAAAAUUAAGUAGCUUAAAAUUAAAAUAUUUAAAAUUAGGUUUGAGUUUAGUUCCUAAAGAAAUUGUGGCUGAUUAAUAUACUAUAUCAUUAAUUAAACUGUUCAAUUGA